AAAUCAAUUAUUGGACUCUCAUUAACUAAAAUGGACAUUGAACUUCUAAAUAUCAAAAACUUCCAAUUGACCAACUGGUAAGCUCAUUCAAAAUCCACUUUCAAUAUUAAACAAGGUGAACCGUUUUCCCUUUCCUGAAGAGAUGAUCUCUUUCACCGUUUGUAUCUGGGUCAUUUUGCAAGGCCAAGUUUGGUUGUAAUGACAGUUCACCAUCUGCCCCUAUGUUUUGAUUUUGUUCAAGUAGGCCUUCUUUAUCCUUAUCCACAUUCUUAUUUUGGGCCUCACAUGCUCCAUUUGUCUUGCAAGCCCCAUUUUGUGUAUUUUUAAAUAACAAAUUCGAGUUUGAAAUGUGCACCUUCUUAGACAGUUCCGACUGGAGUGAACCUUGGUCCCGCAUCAAAAGGUGGGGUCAACCUGAAUUAUGGUCAUGCCUUGUGAAAAGGGACAAAAACUACACUACCGAAUUAUGGUCAUGCCUUGUGAAAGGGGACGAACAUGAUGCUAUUUUUCCAUGUACUCGCCAAUAUUUUCUUCGUGGCCAUGCUAUAUUUAUAGGUACAAUGACAGAGUAAUAAAACAACUCGUGGCCAAGGCAACACAAGAAACUAACAAAAGCAUUGCAUUUGCAUGAUACUAACGAUGAACUCUUCACCUAUCUUAUUUGCUCUUCUCAUUUUACUUUUCCAUUUUCAUUAUUCAUCUUCUUCAUUCUCCCUCUCCGUAGAAAACCUCGAACAAGACAUCAUAGUAUCACCCAAACGCAUUUUCACUGCAGGCUUCUACCCCGUUGGUGAAAACGCUUAUUCCUUCGCAAUAUGGUUCACGCAAAAACACAAACACCUUAACGACGCCACCAUUGUUUGGAUGGCAAACCGUGACCAACCAGUCAACGGAAAAAAGUCAACACUUUCCCUUCUCAAAACCGGUAACCUUAUAUUAACCGACGCAGCUCAAUCCAUCGUUUGGUCCACAAACACCGCCUCAUCAAAACCACUCCAAUUAUCCCUCCGCGACACCGGAAACCUAAUUCUCCAAGAACACAAUAAUUCCAAUUCCAUCAUUUUAUGGCAAAGUUUCGAUUUCCCAACAGACACACUUCUUCCACAACAAACCCUCACAACAUUCACAAAACUCAUAUCCUCAAGAAGCGAAACAAACUAUUCCUCUGGCUUCUACAAACUAUUUUUUGACAACUACAAUCUUCUCUGUCUUGUUUACGACGGUCUUGAAGUUUCAAGCGUUUAUUGGCCGGAUCCUUUGAUUCUAGAUUGGCAAACUUCAAGGUCCACGUACAAUAGUAACAGGGUAGCAACAUUAAAUCGUUUUGGAAAUUUCAGUUCUUCAGAUGGUUUCACAUUCAGAACAAGUGAUUAUGGGACAGUGCUACAACGAAGAUUGAAACUUGAUUUUGAUGGUAAUGUCCGUGUUUAUAGUAGAGAAAAUGGACAAGAAAAAUGGUCAAUGUCAGGUCAAUUCAAUCAACAACCUUGUAAAAUACAUGGGAUUUGUGGACCUAAUAGCACUUGUAGUUAUGAUCCAAUAACUGGUAGAAAAUGUUAUUGUCUUCCUGGUUAUAGUAUAAUCAAUAACCAAGAUUGGUCUCAAGGAUGCAAACCAAGCUUUCAAGUUUCAUGCAACAACAACAACAAGUUAGAGUCUCGCUUCAAAUUGUUACCACAUGUUGAGUUUUAUGACUAUGACUAUGGAUUCCAGAAAAACUAUACCUAUAAACAUUGUAAGCAUUUGUGUUUGCGAUUGUGCGAAUGCAUAGCCUUCCAAUUUCGGUAUGUGAAAAACAAAGGUUUGUUUAAUUGUUACCCGAAGACACGGUUACUAAACGGUCGUAGUUCGACAAAGUUCGGAGGUUCACUCUUUUUGAGAUUGCCCAAAAAUAAUUCUCUUUUUUCCCAUGAAAACUCUGUCGAAGAAGAUGUCAAUAGCUUGGUUUGUUUGAGAAAUGAAGGAGUAAAACAACUGGGUAGAUCAUACGUCAAUGCAAAAGAAAAUGGUUCUCUGAAGUUUAUGCUUCGGUUUGCUGGUGGUUUAGGAGGAGUUGAGCUUUUGGGAUUUUUUCUUGUUUGGUGUUUCUUGUUUAGGAGUAGCAAAAAUUCUAAUGAAGACAACAAUGGUUAUGUUCUUGCAGCAGCAACAGGGUUUAGGAGAUUUAAUUACUCAGAAUUGAAACAAGCUACAAAAGGUUUUAGCCAAGAGAUUGGAUGUGGUGCUGGUGGAAAAGUUUAUAAAGGUGUUUUAUCUGAUAAUAGAAUUGCUGCAAUAAAGCGUUUGCAUGAAGCGCAUCAUGGAGAGAGUGAGAGUGAGUUUCUUGCUGAAGUUAACAUCAUUGGAAGGCUUAAUCACAUGAACUUAAUUGGUAUGUGGGGUUAUUGUGCAGAAGGGAAACAUAGAUUAUUGGUUUAUGAGUACAUGGAAAAAGGUACUUUAGCUGAUAAUCUCUCAUCAAAUGAACUUGAUUGGGGUAAAAGGUAUAACAUUGCUUUAGGAACUGCAAAGGGUCUUGCUUAUUUACAUGAAGAGUGUUUGGAAUGGGUUUUGCAUUGUGAUAUAAAGCCUCAAAACAUACUUGUUGACUCUGAUUACCAACCUAAAGUAGCAGAUUUUGGUUUGUCUAAGCUGUUGAAUAGAGAUGAUCUCAACAAUUCAAACUUUUCAAGGAUAAGAGGGACAAGAGGUUACAUGGCACCUGAAUGGGUUUUCAACUCACAAAUCACUUCUAAGGUUGAUGUUUAUAGCUAUGGUGUUGUUGUGUUGGAGAUGAUUACCGGAAAGAGUCCAACAACAGGUAUUCAAAUCAAAGAUGGAGAAGAGUUGUGUCAUGAGAGAUUGGUAACAUGGGUUAGGGAGAAAAGGAGAAAGGGUAUUGAAGUUGGUUGUUGGGUGGAACAAAUUGUUGACCCUGCAUUGGGAUCAAAUUAUGAUGUAAAGAAAAUGGAGACUUUGGCAAAUGUGGCUUUGGAUUGUGUGGCUGAAGAGAGAGACAUGAGACCAAGCAUGAGUCAAGUUGUUGAGAGGCUGCAAAGUCAAUCAGCAUCAUACUUGAUAGUAUUCACGAAUUAAAUUACAAAUAUCAUCACUAAUAGGAGUUAGUUACAAAUUUCUUAACCGUUACCACUUGUUAAUGGUAGUUCAUAAAUACUAGCUAGUUAUGAGAAUCUCACUAAAUAAUAUGAACUCUAAUUAUUUUUUCUAUCAAA